CCAGAGGUACACGUACAGGUUCGAUUACGACUACAAAUGACGUAAUUUAGCGGCUUCUAGCGACGUUUAGGACAGCCAAUAGCUGCCUUGUUUACUGAGGAGUUGGCAGCACUGUUCGAGGGCUGUGGUGCAACGUCACUGUGUGUUUGCGCGCGGGAGUUUCACAGUGGAGUUUGAGGGAAACAAGAAAGCGGUAAGAAGGCGCUGAGCUGGUUCUCGGAUCAUGGCGAUGAGGAGCGAAGCCAGAGUGGAGGCUGCGGUGGAGGAGGAAGAAAACUUCGGGCCACAGCCGUUAUGCAGACUGGAGCAAAGUGGAAUCAGUGCCAGCGACAUCAAAAAGCUGGAGGAUGCAGGAUUUCACACCAUCGAAGCCGUGGCCUAUGCACCCAAGAAGGAGCUGCUCAACAUCAAGGGCAUCAGUGAGGCCAAGGCUGACAAGAUUCUGACUGAAGCUGCCAAACUGGUGCCGAUGGGCUUUACCACAGCUACCGAGUUCCACCAGAGGAGAGCAGAGAUCAUCCAGAUCUCUACAGGCUCCAAGGAGCUGGACAAACUUCUGCAGGGUGGGAUUGAGACGGGCUCCAUCACAGAAAUGUUUGGAGAGUUUCGGACAGGGAAGACCCAGCUGUGCCACACACUCGCUGUCACCUGUCAGCUACCCAUCGAUCAGGGAGGUGGAGAAGGUAAAGCCAUGUACAUCGACACAGAGGGCACCUUCAGACCAGAGAGGCUCCUUGCUGUAGCUGAGAGGUAUGGGCUGGUAGGCAGCGACGUUUUGGAUAAUGUGGCCUAUGCCCGAGCCUUCAACACAGACCACCAGACUCAGCUGCUCUAUCAAGCUUCUGCCAUGAUGGCUGAGUCCAGGUAUGCUCUGCUCAUAGUGGACAGUGCCACAGCUCUGUACAGAACCGACUACUCAGGCAGAGGGGAGCUGUCAGCCCGGCAGGGACACCUGGGCCGUUUCCUCCGCAUGCUGCUCAGGCUGGCUGACGAGUUUGGCGUCGCUGUGGUGAUAACCAACCAAGUGGUAGCACAGGUGGAUGGGGCAGCCAUGUUUUCUGCAGAUCCCAAGAAACCAAUCGGCGGCAACAUUCUGGCUCACGCCUCAACCACACGCCUGUACCUCAGGAAGGGCCGAGGCGAAACGAGGAUCUGUAAGAUUUACGACUCGCCCUGCUUGCCGGAGGCCGAAGCCAUGUUUGCCAUCAAUGCUGACGGAGUGGGCGACGCCAAGGACUAAAGCUGCUGGGUGCGAGCUGCACCUGCUGACUCUGGGACUGCGGUGUGAGGGAGAGGGUGACCUCACACCGUCAUGGUGUUUUGAUAUGGAAUUUGGUGGUUUGAUAUGGAAUGAGACCACAGAGCUGCAUUCAGUGAUGUAACAGCUGGAUGAGAUGUGGGCCCCUCCACAGACUGGGAGUUCUUUCAUGUUAAAGCACAGUGUGAAAAUGAGAUGCUUAUCGCUGUCGUGUCUAAAGAUCUCAGCAGAUGUUUUGAGUUUAUUCCUUCUGAUCCACAUCAGUUUGGUGUGUUCCACUCAGAUCUAACACACUGCCAUGUAAGGGGAAAACUGCACGUUCAAAAGGAAAGCUAUUGUAUAUGAUGCAUUGGUGCUCACUGGUAAUGAAGUUUAAGUUCUCACUGGUAACCCUAACCCCGUUUUCUUUGGGAACUGUUCUCCCAGGUCAGAGAACAAAGAAAAUCAUUCCGAUUGACGAACUUCAAAAUGGGCUUUCUUUGUUCCAGCUGCCAGUUUGUGAGCACAUCUGUCAUCACACAGUGUAACAGCAACGCUCUCCAUGGCUCUGAUGAAAUGCACGCAUCAUAGGGAACGCACCCAAAAUCCUCGCUGGGAUCUUUGUGGGACACGGCAAUCAUUCUGAAUUAGUAUCUAGAAAAAAUAAAGUGGUUCUACGUAAUGACAGGAGCUGCAUCUCAUAAGUAUAAAGAUGUAUAAAAUUUGUGGGGAUCUUAAUCUGAUAACGUUUUGUGAAACUGCACAAACACGAGUGACUAAAAAUUCUCUGUUUGCUGAAUGCAGUGUUUCUGUAGUUGGAGGCUGAGUGGUCAAAAAUGAUUUUGUAUAAAGUAUUUUGAGUAGUAAGUGAGGUUUUUCCUCUGUUCCUUUUUUGGCUGUGUGGCAGGAAGUUGUGAGAAGCUGCGUGUCUGUUUGGCCUUCUCAGGACUUCCUGUAUCAACACUUCAGAGCUAAUUAAAUUUCCUUUACCGUUCAUGACGACUUCCUGCAGUCAUUCUGGAUCGAGCUCACGUGUUGCCAUAAAUGAAAAACAUUUUUAAUCAUCUGUUUCACAUCGGUGCGUAUUAAC